CUUGAAAGUAAUCAAGCUGGAACUGCGAUAUUUAGCAAAUAAAUAAGGAAGUUUCAAACUUUGUUGACAUUGCGUGUAAAAUGGCAGCCUUGAACAGCGUUUUUGUUCUCAUUCUAAGCACAGUCGGCUUAGUCCGGUCGUCCGAGUGGUGUGGGGAUUUUAGUUACUGCGAUGAAGGUUACUGCUGUGAAGACGGAACAUCUUGCUGCACUACCAAUUUAGGUGUCGGCGGUUAUGUCGGGGUAGGGUUUGGCAUCCUCGUCUUUUUCCUCAUUAUUGCUGCGAUUGUCCGAUGCUGCAGUUUGCGACACUACUUGCAGCCAUUGUACGUCCAACAAGCAUUACCCGGCACCAAUGUGACCGCGGUCAACACAGCAACAGCUAGAUACGGGGCGACUAUUUCCCAAGGCGCAUCAGGACAAACGAGAUACAUGUCCCCACCCCCUACAGGACAAGCGGGAUAUAUGCCUCAACACCAGACAAGACAGGCGAGAUUUGUGAACCCAAUGGCUGCAUCGGCAUCUUGCCCUCCGUCAUACUCGAAGUAAACAAUGCAUGCACUAUUAAGUCUCGUCCAGCCGACCAACAGCUGAACUGGAUGAAACAACCUUAAGAGUUUUUUAAAGUCGCCCUUUUGUGAAUGUUUACUAACUUGUCAAUAUUCGUCAUUGUGUUAUUUUGAGAUGUAGGACGAUUCGUGUGUAUAUUCAGUGAAAGAAAUGUUCUUUUAACUCUAUGUAAUACAUGUGCUUGUAGAUCCGGUUUUUAAUUUGAACUUAAAAAAAUGAAUAGUAAAAGUACUACAUUAAAUUUUAAAUCUUCGAAGUUGUGAGUUUAACAAAAGGACAAAAAGAGAGUGACAUAGCAAUGACUUUUUUCUUAAUUUUUCCCAUCAUCUGUCUACAUUGCAAAACAAAAUUCUUUGAUUAUGCUCAAACUUUGUAUAGCCGGCCAUUAAAAUGGUUUUAUUAUUUUUUUUAAAAAAAGUUGUUUUACCUUAACUAAACCCAAUUAGCUUUUCCAAAUGUUUCUAUUUCGGAAAUGUAUAUACAGGUGACUUGUUUGUUCAGAGUAAGAUUACGAAAAUAAAGUUUGCUACACGACUCGUAUAUAAUAGAAGACUUAAAAUUGUUGUCAUAUACACAUUUAUUGUUUUUAAUCUAACCAAAAUGAUAUACAACUUUCACUCUUAGCCAGGAACUGAUUAAAAUACAAGUGCAACCACAUUUAUAAGCUUACUGCUGUACAUUCGUAAUAUUUAAAUGUAAAGAUAAUUGUAAAUUAUAACCAUUCAAAUAUCAGCAAUAGUUUCAAUUUUACUUUUUUUGCAAAUAUGUACCUUUGACCAAAUGUCAUAUCACAUGUAACCACACAAAAGAACAAUUUAACUGAUAAAUAUCAGACAAGAAUAAUUUAGAGCUAUAUAAAACACAUGUAUAUCAAAUUCGUAAAGCAAUACAUUCCAUCAUAUCAGCACGAGACUUAAUAAGUUUUGUCAACAGUCAAGUGGCUUAUUGAUAUUUCACACAGUUAAGUUGUUUGUUUGUUUGUUUCAAUUAGACCAAAUAUGUUGUUUUUCCAACGUGAGAGAGCAGUAAAUUUCUGCAUGUGUAAGGAUUUGUACAGUAAAAGUAAAAUGAUGUAAAAUGCUUUUUGUUUAAUACUUGCAAACUGAAAGGAUAAAACGCUUGAGAUUCACUUUGUUUUUAUCUUUCUAGACCGUUCCCGUUAAAAAUAAACACACAAUUAUUAUAUCGGAGAAUGUAAUUGAAAUAAAACUUGUUUUACCGAAACUAGACAAAAUCACCUUUUCCAAAUCUUUCUAUUUCGAAAAUGUAUAUACAACUUAUUUGUUUAUAACCUACAUAAUUUCUAUAGGUUACUCAAGAACCUGCGAGAAUACUGUAGACCUCUUUUGCGAAUGGUUUAUUCGUAACUAGACAUUGCUUGCCUAUUUUUGUAAUAACUUUUAUAUAACCAAUUCUUGGUACGGAACACAGUUUAUGAAACCAUAUUACAAGAAAAUCUUCUGAUUUCUCAGAGUAAGAUGACGAUAAUAAAGUUUGCUACAAGACUCAUAUAUGAAAAAACACUUAAAAUGUUGUCAUAUACAUAUUUAUUGUUUGUAUACAAUCAAAAUGAUAAAACAACUUUCACUCUUAGCCAGAAACUAAUUAAAAUACAACUGCAACUAAAUAUAACGCUACUUAUCAAAUUGGUGGAGCAAAACAUUCCACCAUAUCAGCAAAAGAAUAAAUAAGUUUUGUCAACAGUCAAGUUGCUUAUGGACAUUUCACAAAGUUUAUUUGUUUGUUUGUUGCAAUAUUAUACCAAAAUAUGUUGAUUUUCUCAACGUUAGAGAGCACUAAAUUAGCUUCAUGUUUAAGGACUUGUACAGUUACAG